AUGGCAUUUCAAGACAAGGAAACGAAUGAAAAAUGGUCAACUUUGGCUAAUUGUACGGUAAUGGAGGGUGAUUUCUCGGUUUCAAUGAUUACAAGCUCAAAUUUUACCCAUGAAAAUUUUCCAGUCUUUAAGCGCUUACGCGUCAUUACAGGACAUCUGUUGAUAUUCCAAGUGAGUGCUCUUCGAUCGUUAAAACGACUAUUUCCUAAUUUACGUAUUAUUGGUGGACAAGAAUUAAUCAUGAAUUAUGCAUUGGUGAUAUAUCAGAAUACACAUUUAGUUGAAAUUGGCUUACCAAAGCUAACAACAAUUAUUAAUGGUGGUGUGCGAAUUAUGGAUAACACACAACUCUGUUACAGUCGAUAUAUUGAUUGGAGUCAAAUACUCAUCGGACCAGCUAAUGAUAUUUUGACUGAUCAAAACAAAGGAUCCGACUCUGAUCUGUGUAGCGAUGAUUGCGUUCCACAGAAUGAACAUCGUUGUCAUAAACGUGACCAUAUGUUGUCCUGUUGGGAUGCUGAAACAUGCCAGCUUGAAUGCAAAUACGCAUGGAAUGAUGACAAAACGGUCGGACCAGGUUGUGACGAUGAUGGCGAAAGAUGUCAUGAUCAGUGUUUGGGUGGAUGCUCAGCACCUGAUGAUCCCAGUGCUUGUCAUUUUUGCAAAAAUGUCGUUUACCAAGGUAUAUGUAUGGAUAAAUGUCCAAUUGGUUUGUAUGAAAUACAUCACAUCUAUCUUGUAAGGAGAUGUGUAACGAUUGAAGAAUGUCGAAAUAUAUCAGCACCAGUAACAAUGGAAAGUACCAAGAAACGAAUGCUAAUCGUUGAAAAUAUGUGUCGUGUUGAUUGUCCAUUUGGGCAGGAAAUUGACCCGACCACUUCAUCAGGUUGUAUUAAAUGUGAAGGCUAUUGUCCAGUGAAAUGCAAAGGUGGUACCAUUGAUUCUUUCGCACGCAUCAACGAUUAUUUGUUCAAAAAGUGCAAUGUUAUCGAAGGUUAUCUGGAAAUCGAAUUAAGGAAAGGUUUGGAUGCAGCUGGGAUGGAAAAAAUUGGUGAAGCAUUGGGUUAUAUUGAAGUUAUCGAAGGCUAUCUGUUGAUUGAUUUCAGCAUAUCAUUUAUCUCCUUACACAUGUUUAAACGAUUACGAUUAAUUAAAGGGAGCAUACUUUACAGAGAUCGAUAUGCGCUUGCAAUUUUUGAAAAUGCCAAUUUACGGCAAAUAUUUGAUAUCGAAAAACAGCCUUUGGUCAUCGGGAAUGGUACAGUGUUGUUCCAAAAUAAUCGAAUGUUAUGCUAUAAUCGUAUAAAAGCACUAAUCGAUCAUACAGGCCUUACUGAUGUGAAAGAGAAUGAUGUAUCAUAUUAUAGCAAUGGUGAUCGGGCAGUAUGUGACGAAACAACUUUUGAGGUUCAAACUGAAGAUGUUCAUAGUUUUGGUUUUAUGAUCUCAUGGGUUGCUUUUAAUACAACCGAUAUGGAUCAUCGAAAAUUUUUAGGCUAUCAGGUAUUUUAUAAAAAAGUGGAUGGUCCAGAUCCAUCAUUGAGCAUUGAUGACGAUCGCUCAGCUUGUAGUGAUUCAUGGCAAAUGCAUUUCGAACCAGAAAAAGGAAACGGUAAUGAGGGUUUGAAUCGAGGAGCUGGUAUUUUUGCUGUUGAAUCUAAUACAUGGUACGCAUAUUAUGUUCAAACGAAACUUAUUAACCAUCCUGGUGCACGAAAUGCAAUCUCUAAGAUUCAUUUUUUAAAGACACUCUUCUCUACUCCAGAUCCACCAAAGGAUGUCGUUGGCAAAUCCCUCAUUAUGAAGCCUGACCAAAUUGAUUUGGCUUGGGAACCACCAGAACGUCCAAAUGGUGAUAUUACGCAUUACAUUGUCAAAUGGCAAGUAUUAGGUGAUGACCCAUCGACGGUAUCAGGAAACGUUUGUGAUGAUAAAACUGGUGCAGGAUUAAGACAUCAUAAGGAUAUAAAUGAUCGAUUCACACAUGCACCUGCACAACAAUCUUGCUCAAAAGCAGGAUGUUGCGACUGUCGAUUGCUAAAGCAGCGACAACAAUCAAAACCAAAUAAUAUAUAUCUGGAAGAUGAAAGAGCUAACGAAGCUGAUUUUGAAAAUGCCGUUCAAAAUCUAGUUUUUGUGCAACAAGAUUCGAAAAGAAGUAUGAUUGAGAAAUCGCAAAUCCGUCGUAGUCGUCGAUCAAUCCUGAAAGAUUACAACGAACCAAAUGAGAAGCAGUAUGGUGAUGAAAGGUUUAUAUUUAUAACACAAAAUGAAGUAAAUGAAACUACGAGUUUAUAUCGAUCGGAAUUGGAUAUUGGGACGCACAAAAUUAAUGUCACCACACGUCGCCUAUCAAUUGUUGGGUUGCGUCACUAUACACAAUACCAGAUAUGGAUCCAUGCAUGUCAAAAUAUAUCGGCUCCAGGAGGUGCAUAUUGCUCACAGCGACCCGGCUGGAUGGUCGUACGCACAGCACCAAUUGCAUCAAAUGAUUUGGUUGACAAUAGAACUAUCAAAGUGAUUAACUCAACUUCCUUCAAACAAGACCCUCGCAGUCGUAAAAUAACUUGGCAAGAACCGUCAAAUCCAAAUGGCAUCAUACUUGCAUACAGGGUUACUGUUGUGGCCGAAAAUCUUGCCCAAACACCGAUAAGCCAAUGCGUGAAGGCAAGUAAUUUUCGGGAACGAGAAGGUGUGGUGUUCAAUGGAUUAGCAGAGGGUGAAUAUCUGGUACAAGUGGAAACAAUAUCUAUGGCUUCGCUUUCGUUUCAUGCCAUUAAGGAAAUAGCCGUGGCACAUAAAUUGUUCAAAAUUGUGAAGCCGACGUUCUUUACAACAACAGUAGUUUCAUUUAUCGCUGUAAUUGUGCUCCUUGUAUUAUCUAUCGGUUCCUUGGCUGCAUAUUAUAUAUCCAGGAAAAUAUUGGGAGAAAAGGUUCGUGAAUACGUGCGACAACAAAUUUCGGCAAAUCCUGAAUAUUUGAGCCAAAUGGAUGUUUAUAAACCAGAUGAAUGGGAAUUGAAACGGAGUGCAAUUCAUUUAGAAGAUGAAAUCGGAAGAGGGACUUUCGGCAAGGUAUAUCGGGGAUAUGGUGACAACUGCAAGUCAUACUUAGGUGUUACCUUCGGUGAAUGUGCAAUUAAAACGGUAUCCGAAACAGCAAAUAGCGCGGAGCGUCUUCAUUUUCUUAUCGAAGCAAGCGUUAUGAAACAAUUCAAUACACCUUUUAUCGUUAAACUUUAUGGCGUGGUCUCUGAUGGUCAACCUGUUCUAGUUGUAAUGGAAAUGAUGAAGAAGGGUAAUCUACGUGACUACCUGCGGUCUAGACGACCAAAUGCUGAAGAAAACGUUAACGGUUUGCCAGUACCAGGUGCAAUCGAUUUCUUCCGUUGGGCGUCACAAGUUGCUGACGGAAUGGCAUAUCUGGAAUCGUUGAAAUUUUGUCAUCGUGAUUUAGCUGCUAGAAAUUGCAUGGUGAAUGAAUUCGAUACAGUGAAGAUUGGUGAUUUUGGUAUGGCAAGAGAUAUCUAUUACCAUGAAUAUUAUAAACCAGCAGGAAAACGGUUAAUGCCAGUGAGAUGGAUGGCACCUGAAUCAUUGAUGGAUGGUAAAUUUACCAUGAAGUCAGAUGUCUGGUCUUAUGGUAUAACACUUUACGAAAUGCUUACUUUGGCUCAGCAACCAUAUUUGGGUUUAGCCAAUGAAAGUGUUUUCGAUUAUAUUGGUGUGAAGAAGAAAAUAUUAACCAGACCGACUGGUUGUCCGGAUUUUUGGUAUGAAUUGAUGAAGCGUUGCUGGAAAUACGAUCCUCGUGAACGUCCCACUUUUGCUCAAAUUGUUGGAAUUCUACUGAGACAUGCUGAGGGUGGGAUACUUAAUUUUCCUGAUGAUGAAUUUCGUGAGAUGUCAUUCGUGAUGUCCAAUCAAAUGAAUACGGAUGACUAUCUAGAUGAAGAACUAUUCCCAAUUACUGAUAGUAGUAGACUUGUACGAACUGCUAGUGCAGGACAUGUUGAUCAGAGCGAGACUUCAUUCAUCAACAGACCGGAAAAGCAACAAUUAAAUCACUCCAGUAGUAGUGGCAAUAUUCGUUAUUUAUCAAAUAAUAAUGAAGCAAAUAUUCAGCCAAAGCCAAUAUGUUUCUCAAAUCGACGCAGUGGUAUCUCAUCAUGGCGACGGAGUGUUGGCGGUUCUGAUCAUCUGCAGAGCGGCAGACGUAAAUCAGAAACUGACAUCAGUUUAACACGGUUUGAUAGAAACGAGGAUGAAUUUUAA